GUUUUUUCUGCCAAACGAUGCCUUGUCACAUCCCCUCUUCCCAGUUUCCAAGUCCAUUUUCAUUGUUCCCACAACCCCCCUCAAUUCCAUCGCUAGGGUUUUCUCAUUUUUUGUUUUAAUUUUUUUAUUUUCAGAGAAAAAAUUAACAUAAGCGUAAAGUGAAAAAGGAUUAUUCUGAGGAUUUUUUUUAUAUAAUUAUACUAUUUUUAAAUUUUUUUUGUAUGGAAAAUUGUCAACAAGUAGAAUCGGGCACGGCUCUGUGUAAGCGCGGUGGUGGUGGUGAUGCUGAGAAUAAUAGUGAUGGUUUGAAUCGAGGAGUGGAGCUUAUGAACGUCGAUCACUGCCGGAAGGUUCCGUUGACGGAAGAUUCGAAUCUCGUCGAUGUUGCGGUUCGUGGAGAUGGUGGUGGUAUGGGGGAGGUGAAGUUGGGGAAUGGAGUCAAAGUCGUUGAGAUGAAACGGAGAAGGGGAAGACCGCCGAAGAAUCCGGCGAGAAACAUGUCUUCGUCGGCGCCGGCGCCGGUAACUGUGAGGAAGAAGGAUGAAGAAGAUGUUUGCUUUAUAUGCUUCGAUGGCGGGAGUCUCGUGCUUUGUGAUCGCCAUGGCUGUCCUAAGGCAUAUCAUCCGGCUUGCAUCAAAAGGGACGAAGCAUUCUUUAGAUCAAAGGCGAAAUGGAACUGUGGGUGGCAUAUAUGUAGCACUUGUCAGAAGUCUUCAUAUUAUAUGUGCUAUACGUGUACGUAUUCCUUGUGCAAGAAUUGCACUAAAGGUGCUGAUUACGUGAAUGUAAGAGGAAACAAAGGAUUUUGUGGAUUGUGCUUGAGAACUAUAAUGCUUAUUGAAAACAGCACAUCAGGAAAUAAAGAAAUGGUUCAAGUGGAUUUUGAUGAUAAAACUAGCUGGGAGUAUCUUUUCAAGAUGUAUUGGGUAUUCUUGAAAGAGAAGCUAUCUCUAACUUUAGAUGAGCUUACUAAAGCUAAAAACCCGUGGAAAGAAAAUGCUAUCAUGGAGAAGCCUUUUGGAGACCUAGGAGCUAGUUUUUCCAAGAGAAGAAAAAUGUUGAAGCAACAGGCAUUUUUUAACAAAGUUGAAUCUGUAGAAGCAGAAAAACCGGGCAUUGCAAAAAACCAUUUGAGGCCCACUGAUAUCAUUAGCAAACGCUCCGAAGCUGUUGCUACCCAGAUGGCUGUUCUUGGGAACAGUGAUGGUCCGCCUAUAAUUGCCAUUGAUACGAGAUGUAAAACCCAUGAAAAGGUUGAUGAGAAAGGACAAAAGGCAAACCCAGAUGAAUUUGCUGCCAUUGAUGUUCAUAAUAUGAACUUGAUCUACUUGAGGCGAAGUUUAAUGGAGAACUUAAUUGACGAUGUUGAAAAAUUUAACGACAAAGUUGUUGGUUCCUUUGUAAGGAUAAGAAUUCCUUGUGAUCAGAAACAAGAUAUUUAUAGACUUGUCCAAGUAGUCGGUACCAUCAAGGCAGCUGAACCAUAUAAAAUUGGUGAAAAGACAAUUGAUGUCAUGAUUGAGAUAUUAAAUUUGGACAAAAAAGAGGUGGUCUCAAUUAAUGGAAUUUCAAAUCAGGAAUUGUCUGAGGAUGAAUGCCAACAACUACGCCAGAGCAUAAUAAAAAGCGGGCAGAUCAAGUGGUUUACUGUGGGUGAGAUUCUGGAGAAAGCAAUGGCACUUCAAGCAGUAAGGGUAAAUGACUGUCUGGACUCAGAGAUUUUGAGGGUUAAAAAUCUUUGCAAUCAAGCAAGCAAGAAGGGGGACACGAAAGAUCUCAGAGAAUGUGAAGAAAAAUUGCAGCUUCUGAACUCACCUGAUGAACGGCACCGUAGGCUACAUGAAAUUCCUGACAUACACCGUGAUCCAAAUAGGAAUCUAUUUUCUGAUGAAGCUUCUGGAGAGUUGGAUGAGAAGAAAAAAGGAAUGGAGCUAUCUGUAAAUAGUAUCGAGGCAGAUAAAAUAUGGCACUAUCAAGAUCCACUUGGGAAAAUCCAAGGGCCAUUCGCUAUGGCAAUGUUACGCGGAUGGAGCAGUAGUGGUCAUUUUCCUCCUGAAUUGAGAGUAUGGAGAGUAAGUGAAAAGCAAGAAAACUCUAUUCUUUUAACUGACGCUUUGGUUGGGCAGUACAGCCAACUGCAACAAUUGGUUCAGCACAGUCGCAUGCCAACUGAGGAUGCAAGUAUGGCCACCGAGGAUGGAUGUCGGAACAGGGAUGAAGAUGCUAGGGAGAGUAAGGAUCAGAAGGUGAACCAGAUGGAAAGUAAACAUCCCGAGGGAAGCUUGAACCUGAUGCAGAAUGAUACAAGUGGUCAUUGUCAAAAUAAUGACUCUGCGAAGAGCAAAGAAUUGGGCUCUCAAUCUUCUACUUGUACUGCUCCAGUAGAUAUUGUCAGUUCUAAUGUGGCAGAGACAGGAAAUUCUGUACCGCACUGGGAUUCUAUGAAGGGCGAUAAUUACUUCCCUGGCCAGCCCCAAUUGAGUAGUUCACUUCCUGCAUCUACAAUAUCCGAGAAACCAUGUGAAACACAGUCUGAUCAAGUUAGCAAAGGUCAUGGGGUUGAAAGAUGGGACUGUGGUUCCAUCGACAUGAAUUUGAAUUUGAACAAGACUUCAGAAGGUCAAAUCAUUGAUGGAAAUGUGAAGCAAGAUGAUAACGAUGGGAAAUCAGUCAAACCUUCCGGGCAAUGCUGGAGAGCUCCACCUUUGAAUGAUGGUUCAAAUGGAUGGAAUUCCAAUUCUGGUCUUCUUUAUCUGGCUAGGGCUCUUGAAGUGUCAGAGCUAAAUCAAGAUAUCGACUUCCCUGAUAUUCCUACCUCAACAUCGAAGUUGAACCAUGAAGACUCAAAAGGUCAGGAUACUAAAAACAAACAGUCUCUUUCUUCGAAUGUUCCGCAACUGGAUUCUGGUCCUACCUGGAGCACUGCUUCUAGUCUAGUGGGUAAUGGACCACAGCUUCCUGAAGUAGCUGGUGAAUGGGGAGGGUAUUCGUCCAAUUCAACAAGACCUUCCCCGGGGGAAUGGAACCCGGAUCUUGUUCCCAAGUCUUCUAUAAAACCAACCGACUUGGGAAGCGAUCAUGCUGCUACUCCAACUUCAGGAAGUGGCCAAUUGACACAUUCUUCUCCUACAGAUCCUCCAAAUAAUGAAUCUGGAUGGGAUUCGAUUGUUCCCGAACCCAACGAGUAUUCUUUGGGUGAUGAAUCUGUUUCGGAUCUCUUAGCCGAAGUUGAAGCGAUGGAAUCACUUAAUGGCUUGGCUUCACCUACAUCAAUUUUGCGUUGUGAUGGGGACUUGGCUCAAGGUUCUGAACCUGAUUGUUUUAGUCCUGUAGGAGGACUGAGCCCUGCACCUGAUCCAGGAAAAAGUGACGCUUUAAGCUCAACAAACGAUCUACAAAUGCCAUCUCUAGCAGCUUUGACCAACGAGCUAUUCGGGAUCUCUACUUCUGAAGUUCUCGAUGCUCAAAAGAGUUCCGGCGGUCAUUCUUCCACAAGUGCCGAAAUGGAUGAAGAUACGAGGCCUAGCGAUGUCUCGGUUAACCAAUUUGAAGCUCGUUCAGACAUGCAACCUCCUGCACAGCCAGUAACAACUUGGGGCAUGACCACUGUAGGUUCCCCUUGGAGACCAGGACCGGAAACCACGGGUACCAACUGGGGAGGCGUUCAUGGAAAUACAAGUUUUCAUUGGGAUGAUUUAGGUCAAGAAACUACAAACCUUAGUUGGGGAACAGGUCACGGAACAAUCCAGGAAAAUCGUAGUAGCAUCCAUUCGGGCACUUCUGCAACAAAUCCAGCAUAUUUCGGAAACCAACAGAGGUACGUCGAUACAAGGGAUCAACAAAGGUAUGUCGAUCCAAGAGACCAACAGAGGUACGUCGAUCCGAGGGACCAACAAAGGUAUGUUGAUACAAGGGACCGUGAUUUUCACAGCAGGGGAAGGUCCUCAUGGAAUAGGCACUCAUCAUAUGGUGGUGGUGGUCCUCCUCCAAACAGAGUUGGUUCAUUCAGACCUCCGCCCAAAGGGCAACGGGUCUGUAAAUUUUACGAAAGCGGGUAUUGCAAUCGGGGAGCAUCGUGUAGUUACUGGCACCCCUGAAUAGGUUUCACCUUUUACCAUAGCAAUUGUGUGCAUUUAAUUCUGUAUUCAUUAUUUGUAAUGGUAAUUUGCUGUUACUUAUCCCAAAUUUUAACUUGUAAACUGUAACAGUAACAUUCAAGCUGAGGAUAAAACAUAUAUAUUAUUAUAAUAAGUAUCAUUCCUUCUCUGA